GACGGAGUUUACGGGAAUUGAACCUGUUUUCAGGAAGCCAAAUUAUCCAGAUCCUGGCCAUACUGGCCGGGAAAAUAUCGAGGCAAACGUUUCUUUAGGUAUUGUAAAAAUAUUACGUAAAGAAGUUAACAUAUUGGCUGUACGUCUUGAUCAAAGCAAGAACAUCGUUUACUGUAUUCUGCUUUCCAGGACAGUCAUAUGUGCACUGGAUAGCCUUGUAGCCAUUGUCCCAUCCUAAGGUGAACCUGGUGGAUCACAGGAGACUGAAAUGGAAAUAGGGAGACAGCUCUUGGCAAAGAUGCGGAAAAAGAAAAAAAGUGAUCACACAGGUCCGCUUGGUCCAAAAGACUUAGAAGUCCACUUCUAUACUCCUGUCACUCCGCCACUGAUCAAACCCAAAGGUUUCUAUACUGUGGAGGACUUGUGCACUGAGUGUGCAAAACAGUUUGGGAUUUCCCCACUCUGUCAUAGUUUGUAUGGCCUGUAUGAUGAGGAGAGAGCCAUCUGGUACCCUCCAAAUCACUCUUUUAAAGCAGAAGGUGCCAGUUUGAAGCUCUACUAUCGUAUGAGGUUCUACUUUACCAACUGGCACGGCACCCACAAGGAUAAGCAGCCCGUAACCAGGAACAGUUUGAAGCGGGUGGAUCCUGAAGGAACCUCCAUCCUGGACGAGACCUCAUUGGCGUACCUCUAUGCACAGGGCAAGUAUGACUUUGUCCACGACAUGGCCCCAGUGUGCCAGGGCCAGGACGAAGAACAGUCACGUGAGAUUGAGAACGAGUGUCUGGGGAUGGCUGUGUUGUCCAUCUCACAUGACUCCCUAGACAAAGACCACUUUGAUUCAGACUCCACUUCAAAAAAAAUAAAUUACAAAAGGCAUAUUCCAGAGUCCAUAAACCAGUCCAUCUGUCAGCGUAACUUCCUCACACAGCUCCGCAUAUCAAAUGUCUUCAAGAGGUUUCUAAAAGAGUUCAACGUGAAGACGGUGAGGGACAGGGCCGUGUCCAAGCUUGACUUGAAGCUGAAGUACAUCGCCACUCUGGAAACGCUGACGGAGGGCUUUGGGUGUGAGCUCUUCGAGCCAGUCUCUCUCCGGACAUCGGACACCGAAAGCCAGGUCCAGAGCUCGACUCUCAAGCAGCCAACUAGCUACCAGGUGCUGGUGUCGGCGAUGGUUGGCAUCCAGUGGCGCCUGAAGCCGUCAGAGAUUGCACUGCCCCAGAAGGAGAAAAUCAACUCCAACAAGAAGAGUAAGAGGGACGGUCGCUUGAAAAAGGACAAGGCAAAGGACAGCCAGGACUGGAACACUUUCUCCAACUUUUACGAGAUCACACAUAUUGUCAUCAAAGAGUCGUCGGUCACAAUUCACAAACGGGAUAACAAACAGUUGGAGCUUGACCUAGAAAAGCAGGAGAAAGCGUUGUCCUUCACCUCCCUGGUGGACGGGUACUUCCAGCUAACAGCAGACGCGCAUCACUUCCUGUGCAGAGAGGUCGCCCGGCCCUCCGUAGAGCUGAACAUACUCGAGGGAUGUCACGGACCAAUCAGCACGGAGUACGCUAUCCACAAGCUUCGCGGGGAGGGCGACGAGGAGGGCCUGUACGUCCUGCGCUGGAGCAGCACGGACUAUGAGCACAUCCUUUUGACUGUUAUCUGCAAUGAGUGGGACCCGAUGAACUCAGUGAUGAGCAAAAGCUACAAGAACUUCCAGAUAGCGAAGCAGGCCGACGGCUACCUGCUGUGCGGCACGGAGGUGCAGCAGCCUAGCCUCCGAGAGCUGAUGGAGCUGCUGAUGGGACAGCUGCUGCGCUCGGACAACAUCACCCUGCAACUCAGCAAUGGGUUUCCGCCCCAGCCCAAAGAGAUUUCCAACUUGCUCGUAGCAACCAUGGGACAGGAGAAAACAGAGCCUCAUCGAGGGUUCUCCACUGUCUUCCACAAAAUCCUUAAAGAGGAUUUAAUUCAGAAGGAGCACAUGGGGCGUGGCACCUGGACCAACAUCUACGCUGGCAUCCUCAAGGUGCGCGAUGAGGACGACUACCUGGGUGGUUGCCGUGACUACCAGGAGGUGAAGGUGGUGCUGAAGGCUCUGAGUGCAGGACAGAGGGAGAUGUCUGAUUUCUUGGAGACGGUCAGCAUGAUGCAUAAGGUUUCCCACAAGCACAUUGCUCUUCUGUAUGGGAUCUGCCUCCGCAACCAGGACGUAAUAAUGGUAGAGGAGUACCUCCAACACGGCCCUCUAGACCUCUUCAUGCAGGCCCAUGGCUCCAGCCUCACCCCAGCCUGGAGGUUUCAGGUGGCCAAGCAGCUGGCCAGUGCCCUGAGCUACAUGGAGGAUAAGAAGCUCGUCCAUGGGUUUGUGUGUGGCAAGAACAUUCUGCUGGCCAGGGACGGCCUGGACGAAGGCGCCCCCUUCAUGAAGCUCAGUGACCCGGGCGUCCCCACCACCGCUCUCUCCAGAGAAGAGUGCCUGGACCGGAUCCCCUGGAUCGCACCCGAGUGCAUUGAGAACCACCAGGUGGUGAGCGUCGCAGCUGACAAGUGGGGCUUUGGGGUAACUCUGUGGGAGAUUUGCCACAACGGAGAGCGUCCCCUCAAGGACAAGACACUCAUUGAGAAGGAGCGGUUCUACACAGCCAAGGGGACGCUGGUGAGCAAGCAGGCCAGUCAGCUGGCUGACCUCAUGACUCAGUGCAUGAACUAUGACCCCAGGCAGAGGCCGUUCUUCAGAGCCAUCGAAAGGGACCUGGUCAGGAUCGAGGAGCAAGACCCUACAAUUGUCUCGGAUGGAACCUCAAAUGUGGAGCUGGACCCGACUGUGUUCGAGAAGAGAUUCCUGAAGAAAUUCAGAGAUUUGGGGGAGGGCCACUUUGGCAAGGUGGAGUUGUGCCUGUAUGACCCGCGCAGUGACAGAACCGGGGAGCUGGUGGCAGUGAAGUCCCUGAAGUCAGAGAACAACGGGGUGGAGACCAGCAACCUCCAGCGGGAGAUCAACACCAUGCGAGAGCUCUACCACGAGAACAUCGUCAAAUAUAAAGGACUGUGCACUGAGGAAGGGGGGAAAACCUUUAAGCUGAUCAUGGAGUACCUGCCAAUGGGCAGUCUGAAAGAUUAUUUGCCACGCAACAAGCAUCAGAUCGACCACAACAAGCUGCUCCUCUAUGCCAUCCAAAUAUGUCAGGGAAUGGAUUACUUGGGAUCCCAAAACUACAUCCACAGAGACCUGGCAGCACGCAAUGUGUUGGUGGAAAGUGAAGGUAUGGUGAAGAUAGGGGACUUCGGCCUGACCAAGAGCAUCAAAGACAACGAGGGAUACUACAGAGUCAAAGAGGAACAGGAGAGCCCAGUCUUUUGGUAUGCCCCAGAGUGCCUUGUGCACUGCAAGUUCUACCGAGCAUCAGACGUGUGGUCCUUCGGUGUGACCCUCUACGAGCUCAUGACCUACUGCGAGACCAAGAAGAGCCCACCAGCAAUGUUCUCAGAAAUGAUUGGUCGAAGCCAAGGUCAGAUGACAGUCACCAGACUGGUCACAGUCCUGGAGGAGGGGCGAAGGUUACCGCGUCCAACUGACUGCCCAGAAAUGGUCUAUACCCAGAUGAGGAGAUGCUGGGAGCAAGCGCCAGAUCACCGCAUCGACUUCAAAGGUCUCAUCCGCGUGUUUCAGACACUCCUGUCUGAGCCUAGCGAUUUCACAUCCUAAGACCCUAAGACAGCAGCAUCUGGCAGAGCAGUAAACACAAUUCACCAGCCUGGAGCAAUACUUAGACAUCUAUUUUUUACAGUAGAAAAAACAGAAUAUCUUCUAUUUACGCAAUAUGUCUGUACAUGUACUUCUAAACUGCAGUGUAAUGUUUCAACCCAUCAGGCUGAUAGAAAGAUGUGUGUGUGUGUGUCUGUGGGUGUCUGUGUUACAGAGAGAUGUGUGUGUGUGUGACCAGAGAGAUGUGUGUGUGUGUGUGUGUAUGUGUGUGUGC